AUGCCUCGAGCAGUGGAUCAAGCUGUGAUAGCUCCAAGAUCAGCAUCUCAGCCGACCUUUAAACUACCUCCAAACAGCCAUCUCAUCAUCACAACCUCUGGUGGUAUUUUUUCUUGGGACCAAGUUGGGGUCAAGAAGCUUUUCAGCAGUAGUCAAAAAGGCAUUCUUGCAGCGAGAGAGGCCAAAGAUGGGAGUCAGAUUCUUGCAGUGGCGGACGAGCAUGUCGUGGUUUUACAUGAUUGCAAAAGAGGACGCGAAGAGAGCUGGGGCUUGAGCGGCAACGAGGGUAUUGUUCGACUCUUGGAGUAUGCGCCCGAUGCAAAGUCUCUCUUCCUUAGCACUUCCUUGACAGGAGCUAUACAGCACUACUCGAUUAACGAAUCACGCUUGCUCGACUCGCCAUCCACACAUCCCACUCCACCGACUGUUCUGGCUGUCUCACCAACCUCUCAUCUGAUAUUGUCUGCCUCUGAGAAACCAACAUUGGUAUACUUACAGAAUCUUACUCUCAAGACACCUGCUAUUCAGCUGCACCCGUCCGCGAGUAAUGCAGCCAUCGCUACGGCCUCUUUCCAUCCCGAACGGCCCAACGUCUUUCUACUGGCGUUCAAAGAUGGAACAAUCGCUGCGUAUGAUGCGACAAGAUUAGCACGAAGUGAGGCGGCUCGUACGGGUAGCACCUCUCGCCUAGCCACCAAUGGCCAUGCCGGCGAAAUCUCGCACUUCUCGAACCUUCACCGUAUCACCAACAUCAGAAACAUGUCGGAUCCACCAGAUGCUUCACCAAACACAACUGUUGGAAGCAAAAGCGUAUCAAUCACAGGUGCGGAGUUUUUACCUGGUUUUCGCACCCGUGCUAUCAGUGUCGGCGCAGAUGGAAGGUGCAGGCUGGUCGACUUUGAAGCUGGUGGCAAGAUACUACGGACAUGGCAUGCUCAAGCACCGGUGACGUCCUUGUCAAUCUCGGCCUCCAAAUCAUCUCCGCAGACUGGAAAGGCAGCAUCCAAGCAGAAGUUCGGAGCCAAUGGAAGUAAUCUUGCAGAUCGUACUGUCGUUGCUGUGGGAAGAGUUGAUGGCCAGGUUCUCCUCUUUGAUUCGGUCGGCUUGCGACUCGAUCAAGUCCUCAUCAACGCGCUCGGAGAAAAGAUUAUCAGCGUGGAAUGGAUGAACGGUCCUAGCCCACAUGCCACAUCGACUCCCGUCAAACCUGUGUCUGCAAAAAUCGAUGCUACAUAUGACCUGUUACGGAGCACGUCCGGGACGAAGAUGAAUGUCCAACCCACUCUGCCCAAUGCUCUCAAACUUCCACCGGGCGCUGUAUUUGUCCCUGUACAACCAGUGCCUGCGAUCGCUCUGUAUGAGUCUGAUGUCGAAGAGAUAUCGACAGUGCGGUACACCCCAGCUGCAGAUACCGUCAUACGCUCGCCAAUCGCCCAAACGACCUACAUGGACCUUUUCUCGCCAGUCAAAAAAGUAUCACCUCCACGUGGGCCGCAGAAGAGCCCAGUUUCAUCUCCACAUCUACGUCGUAAACGGAUCUCGAGCCAGACAUUUGUCAAGUCAAGCAGCCCUGAACCCAUACUGAUCAACAAGGAGGUCACAAAGGGACCACUGACGACACCUAAGAAUCUGUCGAUUCACCCUUUGAACACAAUGAUCGAGUCAAUCCAGGGGUCCCCUUCACAUGUUGCUCCGGCAUCUGCUCGAAGAGGACCCAGAUCGGGACGUAAGAGAACGCACACGCGGCAUCCACUAGGCCCGGACCGUAGCCCAGUCGUUUCUACAGGAGCGGGUAGGAACGGAAAAGUGCUUGCUGACCUACGAAAACUAAAUACUGGAAUCUCGAGCCAAGCCAAGAAGAAUGGAAAAGCCGCCCUGUUUGCGCCAUACAUGAACCGCACUGGCAUCUCUAAUCUUCCAAGAGUCGACGCACAGCCGACAGUAAGGGACGAUGUCGCUGGACAAAUCAAGUCGCUUGAGCAUGCACAUGAUUCUCGCCCUUACAAAUCAGCCCAAGCUCCUAAAGUUCACUUUGAAUCCGAGAGCCAUUCCUCGGACCGAGACAUCUGGAUGUCGGCUGGGUCUUCCGGAGAUGAACGUACCCAGUGGAAAGACAAGCGUACUCAUCACCAUAUUCGACAGAGGCAGAUCGCUCAGCCUCACCGGCCGUGUCCGCCCUUUGCGGAGAGACCGAAUACACAGUGUGUUCCCAAUGUUCCGGUUUUGGGAGGCGAAGUCAUCACUAUGUCACCAAAGCCUUUCAAUGCAGGAAAGGAGGCUGCUGUGCUUUCAAUGUCAGAGGAAGCCAUGUACAGUGCA